AUGCUCCGCGAGACCGAAAACCUCGAGUCUCUGGAAGCCCAGGUGGCAGCGCUGGAGUCGCAGAAAAUCGACUUGGACAGGGAGAUACACGUCCUUAACGUCAGAAGGAACGGGUUUGUACCGAUCUCGCGCCUUCCGACAGAGAUUCUAUGCAACAUCUUCAUGCUCGUCCGGCAUCGCGCAGAACACUCCCGGAAGCAAGAGAGGGACCCCUUUGGGUACUGGCGGAAACACAAGAAACUCAAGGCAUGGACUGUCAUCACACAUGUCUGUCACCGGUGGCGAAACAUUGCACUGGACUGCCCAGCCUUGUGGUCGACGUGGUCCCAUGCUUGGGGACCUUCGUGGUUCGAAGCUGUGGUCGACCGGUCUCGGGACGCCCUCAUUACGCUCGAACUGGACUUCCAAUGGUUCUCUACGAUUGGAAAGUGUAUCUCCCAUUCAGGCGACACAGGGUCGGCUGCCAUGCGGACAAUUAUGUUCGUCCUCGAACGGGCUUUCCAGCGACAGUACCGAUUCGAGAGGGUUGCCCUCCGUGGUCGAGCGGCGUAUCUGAAGACGCUACUUUCGCAGAUGGCAAACUCGACAGCUUAUCUCACUUAUCUCGCGGUGUGGCAUCCGCCUUCCCCGUGGGAGCACUCGGAUGUCAUCGUUCCCAGCGAUUUCCCUAUCGAACGUGCCCCUCUCCUGAAAACGCUGACCCUGGUGGGCUAUCCCCCGGGGUAUUGGGAUGCGCCUGAUGUAUUCAAUCAGCUCACGGAUCUCAAGGUUGACCUCCGCCACUCGCGUCAUCUCCCCAUCCUCCUAGAUAACAUGUUGAAGACACUGUCCGGAAUCCCAGGAUUAACCAAGCUCGACCUCACAUUCCCUACAAACUCUCAGACAUUAUCCAAAAACAAGACACAGAGCCCCAUCGAGCUUCGGAACCUCAAGUCCCUACGAAUCUCCGCCAACUGCACCGCGACUGGCCGCAUUCUUGGCCACCUCCGGCUACCUGCUUCCCUCGAACUCAAGUUGGAAGCCUAUAGAACGGAUGAGGCCAGCCUAUCUGUACUCUGCGCGGCAUUGACAGACUCGUGGUUUUCCUGCCCACUUCCACAGCCCUCAAGUUCUCGAUCGGCCUUCCAAUUCCCGGUGCAGUACCUUCGUCUUCGCACUCCCCGACUCCCUGACAAUCCCUUCAUCUAUUCGUCUGACUCUAGCGAAGACGAGGACGAAGCCACCGGGAUAUACGUCCACAACGUACCAGCCAACCCUGGGGAGCCCCAAUUCCACAUCACUAUCACUGCAGUGUCGAGGGAGCGUUGGAACAUCGCUUUCAUACAUAGACUACUCUCCGCCCUCCCGUUGCACGACCUUCAGACCCUCCACGUAUCCGACAGGGAAUCUAGAAAGAGGGCGACUUGGGAUUGGCUGGCCUCGCAUCCGCAAAUAUCCCAGAUCGAAGAACUCAUCAUCGACAAAGCCAAGCGACAAGUGGCUCCCUUCAAGUUGCUGAAAGAGGGUCUAUCUGCCUCUGCAGGUGACGGUAGUGGUGCACGUGCCCAGCCUCAUUUUCCUCAACUCCAGACUCUCCAAAUACACGACAUCGAAUUCGACGAUCUCGGAAGCAACACGAUCUCUCUUCGGCUUUUGAAGAAAGCACUGAGUGUUCGGAAUACAGUUGGGAAGAGGAUCAAGAAAUUGGUGAUAGAAGAUUGCUCGGAGAUUUACCCGUCUGACGCGGAGGGGCUGAAGUUACUCGUGGACGAGUUCGAAUGGGAUGGCCAAGAAUUCGAUUUUGGUAGUACCGAUUCGGAUUCUGAGACUGACACGGAUACAGAUGUGGAUUCUGACGCCCUCGAGGAUAGUUUGGACUGA